CUUUUUAUAUGGUCAACACGACUUUUUAUAUGGUGAACUUUGUACUUUUUACAUGGUCAAUUUAGAAUCGUUCCAGAAUUCAUUGCGCCCGAUCAACAACAAAGAUGGCUGCUUACACUUCCUCCAGAGAACGCAACGAGUACGGACUGUUUUUAUUUUUUGACAAUUUAAAGAUACUGCUUUCGACAGUAUCCUCAUUCGAAGAGGCAGAAAGAUGCAAUAACUUGACCUUUGAGGAUGUUGAUCAGGCAGCUGAUCGAUUGAGAACUGCUGCAGAGACCAUUCAAUUACUAACCGCAGACAUUGGGAACAACGAAGAUUUCACUGAUGUGGCAUCAAUCCUAAACCUGUCUUUGAUUAAGGUUAGGAACUUGAUUGAUCAGCUGCAGCAAUAUAGAAAUGAGGUGUUAGAUUUUUUCGGUGAAAGGGCAUAUAGCAGCUCAUCCGAUUCGAGUAGGAAUGGUCCUGGGCGCCCACCUUAUGUCAUUGAGGAAGAACAGAUACGUUUUUUAAGAGAAAUGCAUUUUUCCUGGAAAAAGAUAUCCGAUUUACUUGGUGUAAGCGAGAGUACCCUCAGAAGGAGGAGAUUAAUGUAUGGCGUGACUGACCAAGAAGAGUUAAGGUGGACUCAAAUAACUGAUUCCGACUUGGAGAACAUUGUGAAAGAAAUUCAAGAACUAACCCCAAAUAUCGGACAAGCGCGAUUGGUGGGCGCUCUGAGAAGUAGAGGGCUAUAUAUUCAACGAAGGCGUGUGAGAAAUUGUCUUCGAACCCUCGAUCCUGUUGGAACAGUUUUACGGUGGCGGUCUACAAUUUACAGAAGAAAAUACAAUGUUCCUACACCAAAUGCUCUCUGGCACAUAGACAGCAAUCACAAACUCAUACGAUGGAGGUUAAUAACUCAUGUGUGUGUUGAUGGAUAUUCCCGAAUUAUAAUUUAUGCCCACUGCUGCAAUAACAACAAAGCUGAUACAGUGCUGGAGCAAUUCAUUAGAGGUGUCAACAGUUAUGGAUUGCCUUCUAGGGUGAGAAGUGAUUACGGUAUGGAAAAUUUCAAAGUAGCAGAGUUUAUGCUAGAGCAGAGAGGUGUUGACAGAGGUAGCAUUAUAACUGGUAGCUCUGUGCACAACUGUUGUGUAGAAAGGUCACACAGAGAUAUUUACUCGGGAGUACUUUGCUUUUUUGCAAGGACAUUUUCUCGCUUGGAGGAUAAUGAGCUACUGGAUCCACUUAAUGAGUUGCAUUUAUUUGCUUUACAUUACACCUUCAUCCCCAGAAUCAAUAAGUGCUUACAGGAAUUUAAGAGCCAGUGGGAAAAUCAUCCACUAUCUUCAGAAGGAAAUCUUUCUCCUACUCAAUUAUAUACAGCUGGAAUGCUUGAAAAUGAACACUCUGGAUAUGCCGCAGUUGAAAGUGUGUUUGAUGCUUGUAAUAGGCAUGAUUAUGGAUUUGACCCCUCUGCCCCUGUCCCUCUGGAAGAAGAAGACUAUCAGGUUGUAGUUCCAGAUACAAGUGUUCCACUUUCUGAUCAACAAAUAGCGUUCCUGGAAAAUCAUUGCAACCCCUUGCAAGAAAAUGACAAAAGUGGUGAAAAUACAUACUUAUGUUGUUUAAGAAUUUUGUGUUCUUUGAUUUCACAGGAUAUAUAUGUCAACUGAACUGAAUUUAGUUGGAAACUUGUAUUUAGUAUUAAAAAAGUACCAUAGAGGCUAUAAACUUCACAAAACACAAUGCUUUUUAUUUCACUUUAUGUUUUCAAAAAAUAACUUUGAGUAAUUAUGGACCUCACUGUAUUUUGAUGAAUCUAACAAUGAAAUAACUGUUUGAGACCCAACAAAAGAAACCUAACAUAAUUUCCAUCAGUAAGUUUUUCUGACAAAAUUCACACUAGGCACCCUUAAUAACACAAGAUAAAAAUGUAAAAAUGAGUGUGUUGUAAGCAAGCACACCAUUCUUGUAAUAAUGUAACUCAACAUGAAAUUACAUUGUAACUGAACAGUCUGAGAGCAAAUGAAGCUUAGCAAGAUGCACAUAUACCCUAGUGAGACUACUUUAUGGUGUACAUUUAUGCUAUUUGUUCACACUAUGUUCAUCUCCCAACUAUCUGAAUUCAAAAUGGCCAUGAAUUAUUCUCUGAGCUCACAAAAGCUAGCAUAUGUGGUGGGCACCUCUAAAGUGUAGCCACAGGUGUGGGAAAUGGGCCUUCUCUGUAGACCUUCACUGUUGGUGAAUGUUAUUGUCAACCUGUCUGUGACAAGAACAUCAGAUGCAGUUGUAAAUCUCAAAAAUUUGGUAAGCUUGGCUUCGUCAAGCCCCCUAAUGAGUCUCUUCAGGUGGGCCAGUGUUUCUGUCUCAGCUGCUGUAGCUGGACUGGCUUCAAGUAGGCCAAUAACUUUAACAUUACUUGGUGUGAUGGAAGAAUACAAUUGAUGUAGGGAUUUUACAUCUGGGAAAUAAAUCUUUAGAUGA